GAAUCUCCUUCUGGACGCAGAAAAGCACUUGCCACCAGCAGCAUCAACAUGAAGCAAUAUGCAAGUCCCAUGCCUACACAGACAGAUGUCAAGUUAAAAUUCAAGCCUUUGUCUAAGAAAGUGGUAUCUGCCACACUACAGUUCUCUUUAUCUUGUAUUUUCCUGAGGGAAGGAAAAGCCACGGAUGAAGACAUGCAAAGCCUGGCUAGUUUGAUGAGUAUGAAACAAGCUGAUAUUGGAAAUCUAGAUGAUUUUGAGGAAGACAAUGAAGAAGACGAAGAAAACAGAGUGAAUCAAGAGGAAAAGGCUGCAAAAAUUACAGAAAUUGUAAACCAGUUGAAUGCUCUGAGCAGCUUAGAUGAAGAUCAAGAUGACUGCAUAAAGCGAGCAAAUAUGCCUUCAGCUAAAUCAGCCAGUUCCUCUGAAGAGCUUAUCAAUAAGCUUAAUUUUCUGGAUGAAGAGGAGCAAGACCUGGCCAACUCUAGUACGAACCCUUUUGGUGAUCCUGACACAGGAGAAUUAAAUCCGUUUGGAGACCCUAAUGUAGAAGAACCAGACACUGAAAUAGCUUCAUCUUCAAAGCCAGAAGAAGUUUUCUAUGCUGACAGUUACAAUCCCUUCAAGGAUGAAGAUGCCCCAGAGUACUUGAACCCAUUUGAUGAGCCAGAUCCUGAGCCUGAAACGUUUGUAACUGUAAGAGAUUCUCCUCCACAACCCACAAAAAGGAAAAAUGUCGGACCAGUGGAUAUGAGCAAAUACCUCUAUGCAGAUAACUCUAAAGCUGAAGAGGAAGAGCUAGAUGAAUCAAAUCCGUUUUAUGAACCAAAAUCAAGCCCUGGUUUAGUUAAAGUUGCUCCACUGCAAGAAUCAGAAAAGAAGAUGAAAAGAAAGGCUCCUGAACCACCAAACCUCUUGCCAAAGACAGAGACAGGCAUGAGUGAGAACAUCUCAGCUGUUCCUGCAACGAGGGAGCUUUCUUCUUCUCCUAAGCCAAGCCCAAUUCCAAGUCCUGUUUUGGGGAGAAAGCCAAAUGCUAGUCAGUCACUGCUUGUGUGGUGCAAAGAAGUUACAAAAAACUAUAGGGGAGUGAAAAUCACCAAUUUUACUACAUCAUGGAGAAACGGUUUAUCCUUUUGUGCAAUAUUACAUCACUUUAGACCAGACCUAAUUGACUACAAGUCCCUGAAUCCUCAAGAUAUUAAAGAGAACAACAAAAAGGCAUACGAUGGGUUUGCCAGUUUAGGAAUAUCGCGAUUGCUGGAACCUUCUGACAUGGUUUUGUUAGCGAUACCUGACAAGCUGACUGUUAUGACCUAUCUCUAUCAAAUAAGGGCGCAUUUCUGUGGCCAGGAAUUAAACGUGGUUCAAAUAGAGGAGAACAGUAGUAAAAGCACAUAUAAAGUGGGUAACUAUGAAACGGACACAAACAGUUCUGUCGACCAGGAAAAAUUCUACGCAGAGCUGAACGACCUGAACCGGGAGCCCAAGCUGCAUCCACCAGACAGUGGUUUGGCAGACUUUGCUUCUCAGGAUGACUCUGUAUUUGUAAAUGACAGUGGUGUUGGCGAAUCUGAAAGCGAGCAUCAGACUCCCGAUGACCACUUAAGCCCAAGCACAGCUUCCCCUUCUCGCAGGACUCGAAGUGACACAGAUCCCCAGAAAUCCCAGCAGAGCUCUGGAAGGACUUCUGCAUCUGAAGACGUUGGGAAGUGUAGUAGUACAGAUACAACACAAGUGCAGCCUACAUUGGGAAGAAAGAAAUUUCUGAUAGCUGACACUUUAGGCUUGAGUGACUUGGCACAUGUCAGUGAUCAAAAAGACGAUGUGUCUCCCACAGUUGCUUGUGAAGAUAACAACAAGAGGAGACACCAGAGCUCAGACAGUACCAUUGGUUUCUCAGAGCAAGAAAAGCUGCGAUGUAUAGGAUCCACAGAGAGCACAAGAGCAGAUCCUGGUUCACCCAUCAAAAAGCCGGGUUUAUCUCCUACUUCUAAGCUUGGAUACUCUUAUAAUAAGGAUAUGGAUCUUGCAAAGAAACCACAUGCUUCUCCGAGGCAAACAGAAUCUGAUUCUGACAGUGAUGCCAGAACAGCUUUAAUUCACACAGAUCAAACUGCAAAAACAGCCCAGCAACGUAUGUUGUCAAGACAGGAAGAACUUAAAGAACGAGCAAGAGUUCUGCUUGAGCAAGCAAGAAGAGAUGCAGCUUUAAAAGCAGGGAGUAAGCAGCUGACCAAUACGAUCAUCCCAGCCCGCAAUAAGCAGCUGAAUGAUCAGCAAGAUGAAGAGCGGCGUCGGCAGCUGAGAGAGAGAGCUCGUCAGCUAAUAGCAGAAGCUCGAUCUGGAGUGAAGAUGUCAGAACUUCCUAGCUACGGUGAAAUGGCUGCAGAAAAGUUGAAAGAAAGGUCAAAGGCAUCUGGAGAUGAGGAUGAGGAUGAUGAUAAUAUUGAGAUAGAUACUAACGAGGAGGUUCCUGAAUGCUCUGUUACUGGAGGUGGAGAUGAGCUUACUAACCUAGAAAAUGACCUUGAUUCAACGGAACAAAACAGUAAGUUGGUGGAUUUGAAGCUGAAGAAGCUCCUAGAAGCUCAGCCACAGGUGGCAAAUUCACUCUCCAGUGCUGCUCAGAAAGCUGUAACUGAUAGCUCAGAGCAAGACAUUAAGAAUGGAACAGAGGAACAUCGUGCUGAGCGGUUACAAAAAGCAGCAGAACGGUUUAGAAAUCCCGUUGUGUUCAGCAAGGACUCUACCGUCAGAAAAACUCAGCUUCAGUCUUUCAGUCAAUACGUGGAGAGCAGACCAGAGAUGAAAAGGCAGAGAUCAAUACAGGAAGAUACAAAGAGAGGAAAUGAGGAGAAGGCUGCGAUAACUGAGACUCAGAGGAAGCCAUCAGAAGAUGAAGUGCUUAAUAAAGGGUUCAAAGACACCAGUCAGUAUGUUGUAGGAGAAUUGGCAGCACUAGAGAAUGAGCAAAAGCAAAUUGACACCCGUGCCGCGCUGGUGGAGAAGCGCCUUCGCUAUCUCAUGGACACAGGAAGAAACACAGAAGAAGAAGAAGCUAUGAUGCAGGAAUGGUUCAUGCUGGUUAAUAAGAAGAAUGCUUUAAUAAGACGAAUGAACCAGCUUUCUCUUCUGGAAAAAGAACAUGACCUAGAAAGGCGCUACGAACU